AUGGAUGAUAUUCCUAAGCCUACAUGUGAAGGCAACCGGUCUACAGUUGCUCAGUCACUGAACUUCUGUCUCUCUGACAAGCCUACGAAGCCUACGGAGGCUAUGGCUGGCGACAGUGCCGCUGCCAACCUUGACCCCACCAUUCCGGACCAAGAGCAUGGCGAAGCUGCCAAGGAAGGAUCAUUAACUUCCUCUCCGGAGUCGGUCUCUAAACCGCGUCGAUCAUCCGCUCAGUACGCCAGUGUUCAUUUAAUUGACUCGGCUAUGUUUGCAAAGUCUGAGCUGAAGAAGUCAGAAGUUGCAUCCAAGACUGAGCACAAUGCUGAGGAGUCUUUGGUCGAUUCCAACAAGGAAUUUAACAUGCGUGUUAUCAAGGUUCCAGCUAAGGCUGACCUUGGACACGGUUUGCCGAAAGAAAAUGAUUUUGCUGUCGUUCCAAAGGAGCCAGAAAGUACUGCAGCCACUUCUAACGCAAAGAACAAUGCAGUAUCGGAGAUUGGGCCUAAGGUUGGAUUCAAGCAUGAUCCCGACGAGGAAAAAUUUCUUGCAAACGUUGAACUUGACGUUGAUACUUCUUCAAAGAAGAAGAAGAAUAAGAAGCGCCCCAAGAGCCAGAGAGGAGUGAAUGCACCCUCGGGGUUUGAGCCAUUCUAUGCCGAUGCACCCAUGACCCCGAUGGAGUUCGAGGAUAACAAGACCAUCUAUGAUCCUGCUUUACCCAUUCUUGAUCGACUUGACGAAGGCAUCAAGCGCUUCUUGUACAAGCGACGCCUUGAGCCCUACAGACGCAAGAUUUUUCUCAAGUAUCUACAGUACGGCGGUGUCAGCGUCGGCCCCAAUCAUUCCCAGGGAGUGACUCCUUCGGAAUUGAAGGAAAUGACCAAGGAAGAGGCAAUGCAAGCGCGCUGCAACACGGCCAUCUUUCCCAAGAGGGGAAAACCAUAUCCAAUCUCCUUCAACGAUGUUGCUGCUGGCUAUUUGACUGGGUUCUACAUGGGCUACUACAACCCGGAUACCGAGGAGGAGAUCAAAGUGUGCACUGACACAAUGAAAAAUUUCUUUUCUUACCUGCUCUACCACAAUGUUUGCCCUGAGCAGACUGAGGAUCUUGAGGAAGCCCGAAAGACCUGUGAUCGGGCUACCAAGGAGUUGUGGAUGAACCAGCAACUUGUGCACCACCAAGGCCCUGGGGAUUUCAACCGCGGCUGUUCCUUGCUAUUCGGUGGCUAUUACUUCGAGGAAGUGGAUGACCCCGAGGCUUGGACGAACGUUCGAUAUGCUGACCAAAAGGUUUUCACUUCUGAAAUGGCUCGCAAGGUCGUCAAAUAUGCCGUUGCAAUUGCCGGGAAUGAUCGGACUGCUCACAAAUUCAAGAUUCUCGCUGAGAGGGACAUGAUCGAAGCCAAACAGGUUCCAGACAUCGAUGGCUUUGAGAUCAUCGCUGCAGAGGAACCUACUGAGGAAAUCAUCACAUACUACAGAGAGCUGUGCCCCGAUCUCGCCCCAGUGGGCAAGAUUCGAGCCAAGGAAUUCCGUGAUCCUGCCAGAGGUCCCUUUGACCUUGCUCCCUGGGAGAAAGUCGAUUGGGAUGCUGGUUUUGCCCCAACUUACGAGUUUGAAUUUUUAGUCGAAGCUCAUAUGUUGGCCCAUAUCUUGCCCGGAAUGAAGAUUAUCUCAGACGUCUUUGAGACCAACUACGGCCAGCACUACUUCGAUGAAAUUCUGUCAGUCUUGCCAAGUUUCUACAAGUUCAUGUACAAUGACUGGAUAAUGGACUACGUGGAGCCUAUGCCUAUCAACUUUAUCCCCAACGAGGAGGAAGUCGCACGCCGCCGCGCACAGGAGUCCAUCAUGCGUCCUCCUGAGCCCACCCCUGCUGAGUGGGCUAUGCACAUGCUGACACACGAGUUGGACUUUCAUCUCCAGCCUGGACAGGAUCCCAUGGUCGCUGUUUGGCAAAUAAUCCAUACCCUUGAAGCCUUCGGCUGGGACUUGGAGGAUGUCAAAGACUUGAUGGGCUUGGUAGAUCCAAAUACGCGGAAAGGCAAGGAGAAGUUGAUGGAGAGAGAGCAGUCCCGCACGCGCCUGAGCAAUGAGACCCACAACAUUCCCUUUGAUGAGACCCCCAAGGAGGCCCUUGAUCGGACUAUCAAUGAUUUCCAGAGUCCGGAAAAGAUCAAGCCCGUCAUCGCGCCGGAGGUCAUCGCCAAGUUUCUCAAGCAGAAAAAGGAGCAGCGAGACAAGGAGUAG